GAUCGGAGAGGUCGUUGGGGGGGCGAAGGGGAGCCUGAGGAGCGCGGCAGCGGCGCAGCCGGUAUAGCGGAGGGUGCCCGGGGCGGCAGCAAACUGCGGAGCAAGAUGCAGAAGAGUGUGAGGUACAACGAGGGGCAUGCCCUGUACCUGGCGCUGCUGGCUCGAAAGGAGGGCACCAAGCGGGGCUACCUGAGCAAGAAGACGGCGGAGACCAACCGCUGGCACGAGAAGUGGUUCGCCCUCUACCAAAACGUGCUCUUCUACUUCGAAGGAGAGCAGAGCGCCCGGCCAGCCGGCAUGUACAUGCUGGAGGGUUGCAACUGCGAGCGGGUGCCGGCUCCCAAGGGGUGCGUCGCCGUCAGCGCCAAGGAUGCUGCGCUGGAUAAGCAGCAUUACUUUACUGUUCUUUUUGGUCAUGAAGGGCAGAAGCCACUGGAGCUGCGUUGUGACGAUGAAGCUGAUGGAGAUGAAUGGGUAGAGGCUAUUCACCAAGCUAGUUAUUCAGAUAUUCUCAUUGAAAGGGAGGUGUUAAUGCAGAAGUACAUUCAUCUUGUCCAGAUUGUAGAGACUGAAAAGAUUGCAGCUAAUCAGCUUCGACAUCAGCUUGAAGAUCAAGACACAGAAAUUGAAAGACUUAAAUCUGAGAUUGUAGCUCUCAACAAAACAAAAGAAAGAAUGCGGCCUUAUCAAGGCAACCAGGAAGAUGAGAACCCAGAUAUUAAAAAAAUUAAAAAGGUCCAGAGCUUUAUGCGGGGGUGGUUAUGCAGAAGAAAAUGGAAAACUAUUGUCCAAGAUUAUAUUUGCUCUCCCCAUGCAGAAAGCAUGAGAAAAAGGAAUCAGAUAGUUUUUAACAUGGUGGAGGCUGAAUCUGAAUACGUACAUCAACUUUAUGUUCUUGUGAACUGUUUUCUGCGGCCCUUAAGAAUGGCUGCAAGUUCAAAGAAGCCACCUAUCAGUCACGAUGAUGUUAGCAGCAUUUUCCUCAACAGUGAAACUAUCAUGUUUCUUCAUGAGAUAUUUCACCAAGGCUUAAAAGCAAGAAUAGCUAACUGGCCUACCUUAAUCCUAGCUGAUCUAUUUGACAUUCUACUGCCAAUGCUGAACAUAUAUCAAGAAUUUGUUCGGAAUCAUCAAUAUAGUCUACAAGUACUGGCAAACUGUAAGCAAAACAGAGAUUUUGACAAACUCUUGAAGCAAUAUGAAGCCAACCCAGCAUGUGAGGGGAGAAUGCUGGAAACUUUCCUUACUUACCCCAUGUUUCAGAUUCCUAGGUAUAUUAUAUCACUUCAUGAACUACUGGCUCACACACCACAUGAACAUGUUGAGAGAAAAAGCCUUGAAUUUGCUAAAUCUAAACUAGAAGAACUUUCAAGGGUGAUGCAUGAUGAAGUCAGCGACACAGAAAACAUCCGGAAGAAUCUAGCCAUAGAAAGAACUAUAGUAGAAGGCUGUGAUAUAUUACUAGAUACCAGUCAAACCUUUAUACGCCAGGGUUCCCUUAUUCAAGUCCCUUCAGUUGAAAGGGGAAAACUUAGUAAAGUUCGCCUGGGAUCAUUAUCUUUGAAGAAAGAAGGAGAAAGGCAGUGCUUCUUAUUUACAAAACAUUUUUUAAUUUGUACAAGAAGUUCGGGAGGAAAGCUGCAUCUUCUCAAGACAGGAGGUGUUCUGUCUUUAAUAGAGUGCACACUGAUCGAGGAGACAGAAGCAAGUGAUGAUGAUUCAAAAAGUUCUGGACAAGUGUUUGGACACCUUGAUUUCAAGCUUGUAGUUGAACCUACAGAUGCUCCUUCUUUUACUGUUGUCCUUUUAGCCCCAUCACGACAGGAGAAAGCUGCAUGGACAAGUGACAUAAGUCAGUGCAUUGAUAAUAUAAGGUGCAAUGGUUUAAUGACCAUAGUGUUUGAAGAAAACUCUAAGGUCACGGUGCCACAUAUGAUCAAAUCUGAUGCUCGUCUUCAUAGAGAUGACAUUGAUAUCUGCUUCAGCAAAACACUGAAUUCCUGCAAAGUACCCCAAAUCCGUUACGCAAGUGUUGAGCGCAUUUUGGAGCGUCUAACAGACCUGCGAUUUCUAAGCAUUGAUUUUCUGAAUACUUUCCUACAUACUUACCGCAUAUUUACUACUGCAGCUGUGGUGCUGGAAAAACUUUCAGACAUAUACAGACGGCCCUUUACUUCUAUUCCUGUCAGGUCUCUGGAGUUGUUCUUUGUUACUAGUCAAAACAAUAGAGGAGAAUACCUGGCCGAUGGGAAGUCACCACAUCUCUGUCGCAAGUUUUCUUCUCCUCCCCCCUUGUCACUCUCCAGAACAUCCUCACCUGUCAGAGCCCGAAAACUGUCACUGACCUCACCACUGAAUUCACGGAUUGGUGCCCUUGACCUCUCUGCUUCAUCUGUGGCAAGCAGUCCUACCUCAACCUACAGCCCAGCCACUUCCCCACCACCGUCAGGUAGCAAAGUACCGCUGGACCUUAGCAGGGGGCCCUCCUCUCCUGAGCAAAGCCCUGGCUCCAUAGAGGACAGCCUGGAGAACCCUCGUGUUGACCUCUGUAACAAGUUGAGGAGAAGCAUUCGAAGAGCAGCAGUUCUAGAGUCUGUGUCAGUGGACCGGACAAUUCCUGAAAGCACCUCAGCAGUGGACACCGCAGAGCUUUCCCCAUGUAGAUCCCCUUCGACACCACGUCAUCUCCGCUAUCGUCAGCCAGGAGUCCAAACUGCUGACAACACCCACUGUUCGGUCUCUCCUGCUUCUGCUUUUGCCAUUGCUACAGCUGCAGCAGGGCAUGGGAGUCCACCAGGAUUUAACAAUUCUGAGCGCACGUGUGACAAAGAGUUUAUAAUACGCAGGGCGGCCACAAAUCGCGUCCUAAAUGUCUUGCGUCACUGGGUCUCCAAGCAUUCUCAGGAUUUUGAGCUGAACAAUGAGCUGAAAAUGAAUGUGUUAAAUUUGCUGGAAGAAGUUUUGAGAGACCCCGACCUUUUGCCACAAGAAAGAAAAGCUACUGCAAAUAUACUGAGGACUCUUUCACAAGAUGAUCAAGAUGAUACCCACUUAAAAAUAGAUAAUAUCAUUCAGAUGUCAGAUUGCCCAAAACCAGAGUGCUUUGAGACUUUGUCAGCCAUGGAGCUUGCAGAGCAAAUAACUCUUUUAGAUCAUAUAGUUUUCCGAAGCAUACCCUAUGAAGAGUUUCUUGGGCAGGGCUGGAUGAAAAUGGAUAAAAAUGAGAGAACGCCCUAUAUUAUGAAAACAAGUCAACAUUUUAAUGAUAUGAGUAACCUUGUUGCCUCCCAAAUCAUGAAUUAUGCUGAUGUUAGCUCCCGUGCUAACUCAAUUGAAAAGUGGGUAGCAGUAGCUGAUAUUUGUCGAUGUAUGCACAAUUACAAUGGCGUGUUAGAAAUCACCUCAGCCUUGAACAGAAGUGCAAUCUACAGACUUAAGAAAACUUGGGGUAAAGUAUCCAAACAGACAAAAGCUCUCAUGGACAAGCUUCAGAAGACUGUAUCAUCUGAAGGAAGGUUUAAAAACCUUAGAGAAAUGCUCAAAAAUUGUAACCCACCUGCUGUUCCCUACCUUGGAAUGUACCUAACAGACCUGGCAUUUAUCGAAGAAGGAACACCAAACUUCACUGAAGAAGGCCUUGUAAAUUUUUCCAAAAUGAGAAUGAUCUCACACAUUAUCAGGGAAAUACGCCAGUUCCAGCAGACGCCCUACCGCAUAGAGCAUCAGCAGAAGGUCACUCAGUAUUUACUUGACAAGACACUCAUCAUAGACGAAGACACCCUGUAUGAGCUUUCCCUGAAGAUUGAACCCAGACUCCCUGCCUGAAGAGCCAGCUUGCCUCAGAUUCUGCAGAAAGCUUUAGUACAAUGAACAAAAUCGUGUAUGUCAUGUCCUAAAGACAACAAGGGAAAUACUGAGAAGAAUACAAGCUCUCUUUCCCAAUAAGAGGUACAGAACCUCACAGCAUUUCCCUCUCAGGCAACGAAAAUGAGCACUGAGGUGGAAGACAAAGAUACUUCCUACGUGGAUUAAUGGAUUGCUGCUUCGCGAAGAUAAUGUUUUGCAGCAGGGACUAUGCAUUUAAUGGAAAAUAGGAGACUUCCCUGUCAAUGGGUACUAAUUGUAGCCAUCUUACGUGACUAAUCAAUGGUACAUAUAUAAAGGGUAGUGAUAUACUCAGGUAUAUUAAGAUAAAUGAGAAAAAUGAGAUAGCUGUGAUAUGAUCUGGGUUGAUUGCUGUGUGUUCACUGAGGCAGUUGUGGUAGUGUUGUCCUCCUAUAGUGCUAACUUUAUUGAAAAAACGGGAUCUUAACAGUCAUCUGCUCUCUUGGAGUGACAUUAAAACGGCAUCUAUUAUCUUCAGAUCUGCAGCUAUUCAAAACACCUGCUGUACAUUUAAUGAUACCCUUUAUAAAAUGUUAUCUUCUUUAAAUACCCUGACAGCCUUUUCUAAGGAGACUGAUUUACAAAUGAAUUGUAAAUAGCUUUUUUCAUUAAUACAGAAUGAAAGUAUUUACAGCAUGAAAAGCAAAUGGACUAGCUGAAUGACUGUAAGUAGCUGCCAGCCCUGCAAGCUUCAGCUGGGAAAUGCAAGGUUAGGAGCUCUAUCUGAGACUCAAGAAAUCCAGGGAUACAGCAAACGGAAUGGUUGGUCAGGUUGCACACAGCCCUGGAAAAGGCACUUUAUUUUUCUGCACCUCCUGCAGCUUCUUUGACAAGUCAGGCUACAGAGCACUUUCUGGACACACAGUGGCGAGAAAUACAUGUCUGGUCUGGCUAUGGGUAGUGAUCAGCUGUGAACACUAUGAGUUGGAGUGAUAGUUUUGUUUCAAGUGGAAUCAGUGGUUUGAAAAUGUCUAGUUUUUUUGUUCAGCCACUCAGCACUGACUUAGCUCUAAAAUUGUUAACGUUGGUGGCAAGCUUCGAAUUCCAGCAAACAAUCUGAGCUAGGAACUAUUAUUUGCAUAUGGGCAUACGUUUAAGAAAAUGUGCUGUUUGUAAAUGUUUUCAAAGGCUAUGCUUUUGUGACAUACCAUGUAAAUAGAUGUCAUUUCUACAGCUAGUUGGUACUUGCUAAAUUUUCCUGAUAAAAAGUAGCCUGUUGUAGCUGCAUGAAAAGUGAGCUCAAAUGCAUGCUGUAAAGCGCAUCAUAGUGUAAAACACACGUAGUACUGAUGAAAAAAAAAUUGGCUGGAAAAGUGUCCUUACUUUUCCAAUUCUAUUCAGCCAGUUGAAGAAAGAGGGCUAUAUCAUUGUAUACCUCCCUUAAAUGCUCUCAGGGAGAUAGGUGUUUAAAAUAAAUUGUGACCUAGGCCUAUUUGAUCUGACAUUUCUUACCACAGUCAUGAUGAUUCUUAACACUGGCAAGGAAAAACGGAUCUGCCUGGCUUGUGGGUUUUAUCUUUAUUUGCACUUUAAUUGUAUUGCUGGCCCAGCCCAGAGCUGCACAAUAAAUUCCAUUUGUUCUGUCUGAGUGUAACUGCUAGCAUUUAUAAACAUACCUUAGCCACUGUAAAUUUCAUUAGGGUGAUUCACCACAAGGAUGAUCCCAUUGUAAAUAACUGCAUAAAGAAGCAUUGCAAAUACUGGAAAAUUCCUUGAUUAGAACAGCAGACAGCAACACAAAAGGAAAUUCCAGAAACAUUUAAGUAAUUCUAAUGACUGCUGCAGAAAUGAAUGGAAAAUUAUACUUACAGAAGCUGUAUUGUCAAAAAAUAUGCUUGUUAGUUUCACUAAUGACUGACAAGAAGCUGAUUGCAACUCAGUGCAUGGUAUGGAGAAGAAAAAAAAAAAGCAGCAUAGUUUAUUUGGACCACAAAACCAAUUUACUGUGUGUUUUCUGUACAAAAGCAGCUACCAUCCAGUAGUUUCACAAAAAACUUCGAAGUAAUGAAGAAUCAAUGGGAAAUGUGGUUCAAAAAGUGAUUUUUUGACUUUGUUUUAUUGUUCCUGUGUUAAAAAAAAACCAAAAAUGUGUAACAACUGUCAAUGCCAGUUGGUAUCUCUGUUGUGUGCUAUUAACUGCUGAUUUAUCUGCCUGUACCCUAUUUUACUGAACUUCCUUGAUGUUCUUACUGUUACAGGGUACAAUUCUUCACUUAACUCUUUUCACACUUUGUUGUUUUGUGCUUUAUUAUAUGUGUACUGGUUCUUCAGUGUUUCAAAGUAUACAGUGCAUUUUAACGCUUGCAAUAUGCAGGGGUAGUGCUGUGCUCGUGCUAUGGUGUUCCAAAUGGGCAGAGAGGAAGACAAAGGAUUAGACAUGGGUUUUUUAAAAGGUGCUGAGCAUCCAUAUCUUAAAAUCAGUAGGCAAGGUGGUAGUUCAGCCCCUCUGGAAAAGCAUAUACUAUUUUUAUGGCAUAUACUAUUUAAAUGCCAAAGGUUACUCUCUUGGGUCAGUGGCAUGAUUUAGGUUAGAAUCAC